AUGAACGAAACGUUUUUCAGUCAAAAUGAAAACGAAUUGACGAGCGAAUACCACAUUCCCGAGAAAGAAGUUGACGCCCCCCCCGCGAAGGACGCACAGGCAUUGCAGCAUGUAGUAAGCAAGGGCGAAAAUGGGGAGGGUGAAAAAGGGGAGGGCGAAAAUGAGGAGAAUGAGAACGAUGGAGAGAUCCGCGGCGAUGAGAACUGCGGCAAUGAGAACCGCGGAAAUGAGAACCGCAACGAUCAGAACCGCGACGAAGAAAAGUACAACAUUUUAAACAUGCUGAAUGAAAUCAAAGAGGACCUCCUGUUGGAAAACGAAAAGCUGCAGCAACAGAGCAGCCAAAAGGUGCACAUCGCAGAGGGGGAGGAUGGCGACAAACCUGACCGCAACGCUGCCAAUCACGCAGUUAAGCAGACCUCCAACCAAGACAACCACGCGAUCGAAACGAAAAACGCAAAUAACGACAAUGGCGUAGCGUUGGAGAAUGGCCAAUGCGGUGAGGAAGUAAGGGUCCCCAAUAGUAACGACAAAACGGGGGAAAACCCAAAGAAGCUACCCAAGGAAGAACCCCAAGUGGAAGAGGAACCUUUGGAAAAGCAGUUAAACCCCAGCGAUGCUCAAGUGAACAGCCCAGAUGCUGCUCCAAAUGAGCAGAGUCAGAAAAAUGUGGGCAGUAAGAAGGGCUCAGGCAGGCCAUAUAAAAACACAAAAAACAUUCCGAGUGAUGCAAAAAGUACCCCAUUUUUAAGCAAAGAAACCCCAAAAAAGAGGAAGGCCAAAAAUGGACCCAACCCAGAGUACGCUGCGCUGGCAAUGCAUUCGAUGCACCCUGCACAUUCGGCCAAUUUGGCCAAAGUUACCAAAACGAACAACCCACUUAUAGACGAAGAAAUUGAAUACCUAACGAACUGUGAAUUUGUGACACACAACUACCUCAAGGGGAUUGCAAAAAAGAACCCCAGAGUAAAAAGCGAUAACGUUAACAUAGACAUUUUUUACUCAAGCAGGAGUGAAAAGUCGAUGGAUGAAAGUGAGGGAGAGGAAGACGCGGGGGCAGAGGCCGGAGCAGGCGCCGAAGCAGAAGCAGAAGCAGACAGCUCCGUAGACUCAAUUGAAGAGUUCUAUGAAAAUAUUUGCCAAUCAGAUGCGCCGCUCGAUUUUUAUAAAAAUUCAUUAAGUGCCAAACAGGAGGUGAAGGAAGUCCAACCGGAGUAUUUUCUCAACACAGAAAAUAGCGCAACGGAGGAAAUUCAAAUUUUGAAUAGAUACAUAAAAGACAUGACAGAAGGUCAGCAGAAAAAUUCGUCCCCCAUUGAUGUAGAUAACAAAUUGGUUAAUAUUCUUUCCCUCUCCUUUUUAACCUUUAUUGACCAUGUGAUUUAUGAUUCCCACAUUUACGCUUUGAAGAGUGAAUUUACACCGGGGGGAGAGGCGGACAAGGGGAAAAAAAGCACCACUGAUGGGAUUUCUACCCCAAAUGGGAACUCCCAAAAUGAGUGCCUAGAUGGAGAAGCGGUACGAGAAAGGACUGAAAACAUCAACAUCGUUGGGGGGAACGCCCCCAAUGGGACUAACCUCCAAAACGACCCUGACAAAGAUAACACAGAAAUGUGCCCCCCAAAGGAGAAAUCAUUUAGCAUGAAUGACACACAAGAUGGUCAACGUAAGGAGCCUCCUCGUGCUGUUGACCAGUUAGAUAAUCCUGAAAAAGGGGCCAAGCAGGAGGCUGCCCAAAAUGGUGGCGUGAAUACCCCAGAGCGUGGCGACCAAGUGGGCACCGAAAUUAUUUACACCCCGGACGUAAUCAACCUAUGCCUAACCAACUUGUAUAACCAGGAACUCGUAAGCAAAAUUAUGAACCAGAAAAUGAGCGAAGGGGAUACCAGCGGCGCAGGUACAGACAACGUGAAGGAGAGCGCCCCUAAUACUAGCAAAUUAAUUCAUAACCAUACCACCGCAGCUACGGCACAGCCGGGCAAAACGGAAAAAACACACUCAAAAGAAAGCGCGAACGAAAUGAACUCCAAAAGUGGAGGACUCCUCAAAAGCAAGGACUCUCUGCAAACGAACAUAAAUCACAAAUUAAAUAAACGACAAAUUAUUAUCAACAAAAUAAAUGAAAAAAUUAAAAAAAAAAGUAUCAACAGUUUGCAGAGUUGUGCAAACACGAAGAAGUAUUCACUGGAUGAUUUGUUCGAGCUUUAA